AUGGAUCAGAAUGACCAGGAAACAUGUGUCAAAAUGGCCCAGAAUGGCGUCGAAAACACCACACCUCCGCAAGUGUUCAAUUGUCCAAAGGAAGAUGUAAGAGGCAGCCAAGUAACUACCACCUCAGGGACAAGCCUUGCUACUUGGAACCCUAUUUCUGCUUUCGAUCUUGAUAGCGGUGCUACACCGGCAGCUUUUUCAAUGAGCCUGUACGGACAAACCACUUCCACUCAAUUCCCAUAUGGGUUUACCACCGUUGGGUUUGAGUUUAUCGACAACGUAGUUCCUCCACAAAAUAUUGCACUUUGCACGUUCCUUGUGGCCAUACCAGUCGCGAAUGAUGGCAAUCCGCCCUCAGUAAAUUGCCCUGGUGAUGUAUUCGUUACCAUAGGCAGCGCUAAUACCCAAGGUUUCGCAAGCUGGGAUGAACCUAUGGCCACAGAUGAUAACAACGUUGUCCGAAGGUCCUGGAGAUCCCACGCACCCAACACCCUCUUUCCAGUGGGUGCUACAGAAGUGACGUACCAAUGGAUCGAUCCAACAAAUGAUAAUACUCCACUGGUAUGCACGUUCACGGUUACUGUUUCAACUUCAGGAACUGACAACGUCGUACCAAGUCUGACAUGCCCCGCCGACUUUAGGACUUCAUCAGCAAAUCCAACUUGGACAGUCCCAACAGCAGCUGAUGCAUCUGGCGUUCAACCUGUCCAAGGCAGCCAUAAUCCUGGAGCUGGAAUUCCUGUCGGUUUCACGACAGUUACCUACAACGUCAAUGACAACAGCGGCAACCGUGCCUCUUGCUCAUUUGUCAUCAGCAGAUCACGAUACCUUCCCAUAGGAACCACAUCAGUGGAAUACCUGUUUGAGGAUACUGUAGGGAAGACAACUCGAUGCGUCUUCAAUGUUGUUGUUACCGUGCAAGGUCCAUGUGCAAGUGCUCAGUGCUUCAAUGGAGGUUUUUGUCGGGUAACUGGCACUACGUUCACCUGCCAGUGUGCAACUGGAUUCACUGGACAAUUUUGUCAAACGACUGUCAGUCAGUGUGCAAACGUUCAGUGUUUGAACCAGGGAACGUGUCAGGAUCUCGGCACUACGUUCAUCUGCCAAUGCCUGACCGGAUUCACAGGACAGUUUUGUCAAACUACUACUAGUCAGUGUGCAAACGUUCAGUGUUUGAACCAGGGAACGUGUCAGGAUCUCGGCACUACGUUCAUCUGCCAAUGCCUGACCGGAUUCACAGGACAGUUUUGUCAAACUACUACUAGUCCAUGUGAUAGUGUUACCUGCUUCAAUGGAGGUGCAUGUGUAGUUUCUGGCACCUCGUUCACCUGCCAGUGUGCAACUGGAUUCACUGGAACAUUUUGUCAAACGGCUGUCGUCAAUCCGUGUGCGAGUGUUACCUGCUUUAAUGGAGGUGCAUGUGUGGUUUCUGGCACUUCCUUCACCUGCCAGUGUGCAACUGGAUUCACUGGACAAUUUUGUCAAACAACCGUCAGUCCAUGUGAUAGUGUUACCUGCUUCAAUGGAGGUGCAUGUGUAGUUUCUGGCACCUCGUUCACCUGCCAGUGUGCAACUGGAUUCACUGGAACAUUUUGUCAAACGGCUGUCGUCAAUCCGUGUGCGAGUGUUACCUGCUUUAAUGGAGGUGCAUGUGUGGUUUCUGGCACUUCCUUCACCUGCCAGUGUGCAACUGGAUUCACUGGACAAUUUUGUCAAACAACCGUCAGUCCAUGUGAUGGUGUUACCUGCUUCAAUGGAGGUGCAUGUCAGGUUGCUGGCACUACAUUCACCUGUCAGUGUGCAACUGGAUUCACUGGACAAUUUUGUCAAACAACCAUCAGUCCAUGUGAUAGUGUUACCUGCUUCAAUGGAGGUGCAUGUGUAGUUUCUGGCACCUCGUUCACCUGCCAGUGUGCAACUGGAUUCACUGGAACAUUUUGUCAAACGGCUGUCGUCAAUCCAUGUGCAAAUAUUAACUGCCAAAAUGGAGGUGCAUGUCUGGUUCUGGGAACUACGUUCACCUGCCAGUGUGCAACUGGAUUCACUGGACAAUUUUGUCAAACGACCAUCGAUCCAUGUGCAACUGUUACGUGCCAAAAUGGAGGUGCAUGUCUGGCUGUUGGCACUUCGUUCACCUGCCAGUGUGCAACUGGAUUCACUGGACAAUUUUGUCAAACCGCCAUGGAAGAACUAAGUAUUGUUUGCCCCGUAAGUAGGACCGUCAAUGCUGCUGAUAGUCAAAAUAUAGUACUAGCUCAACCAACAGUUACUGGCGCAGUUGGAGCUGUGACCUUUACAUACUUUGUAGUGGGCCCCUCUGGAAGUCUUGUACCAGUUAACAAUCAACAGCUAAGUACAACAGCUCCAUCUGUGACAACCAUCGUAACUUUUGUAGAAGACCAGUCUGGGAGACCAUCUGUGCUUUGUUCAUAUAUGAUCACUACCAAUGCAGCAAUAAGUCCAUGUGCAAAUAUUAACUGCCAAAAUGGAGGUGCAUGUCUGGUUCUGGGAACUUCGUUCACCUGCCAGUGUGCAACUGGAUUCACUGGACAAUUUUGUCAAACGGCUGUCAGUCCAUGUGCAAAUAUUAACUGCCAAAAUGGAGGUGCAUGUCUGGUUCUGGGAACUACGUUCACCUGCCAGUGUGCAACUGGAUUCACUGGACAAUUUUGUCAAAAUACCAUCAAUACGUAUAUACAUGUCCCUGUCUGUUGUCGAGCGAUCGAUGUCACAAAUGGUCCUGUCUCAGCUGUGCAAACCAUUUGGUGGGAGUUGUUUUUUCUCAUGUUUUAUCUCAUGCGCCUUUUUAGGUUGUAUCUGUGCGCAACAUAAGUCUGUUUUAUUAUU